AUGAUCUUUCUCCAACCCGCAUUCGCCUCUCCCUCCCAUCCCGCCGUCGCCUCUCCCUCCCACCCCGCCGUCGCCUCUCCCUCCAAUCCCGCCAUCGCCUCUCCCUCCUUCCCAGCCGCCGUCUCCGCUUCCUCCGAUCCCGCCAUCGCCUCUCCCUCCUCCCCGCCGUCGCCUCUCCCUCCUCCCCGCCGUCGCCUCUCCCUCCUCCCCGCCGUCGCCUCUCCCUCCUCCCCGCCGUCGCCUCUCCCUCCUCCCCGCCGUCGCCUCUCCCUCCUCCCCGCCGUCGCCUCUCCCUCCUCCCCGCCGUCGCCUCUCCCUCCUCCCCGCCGUAGCCUCUCCCUCCUCCCCGCCGUAACCUCUCCCUCCUCCCCGCCGUCGCCUCUCCCUCCCCGCCGUCGCCUCCGGCGACAGGUGCCCGGAGCGCAAGUGCGAGUUGGAGCGCGUGCGCGAGUUGGUGCGCGAGCGCGGGUUGGUGCGCGAGCGCGGGUUGUUUUCUGA